AUGGCAAAAGAUGACAAGAAGAAUGAAUGGAAGGAGUUCGUGUGGAACCCGAGGACGCGCGAGUUUAUGGGCAGGACAGCCAGCAGCUGGGGACUGAUCUUGCUCUUUUACCUGGCGUUCUACACCUUCCUGGCUGGGCUGUUCAGUCUCACCAUGUAUGUCAUGCUCCAGACCCUAAACGAACACCGCCCAACAUGGCAGGAUAGACUGUCCACACCAGGGAUGAUGAUCAGGCCUCAGGGAGAGGCUUUGGAAAUUGCCUACACCAAAGAGGACACAGAGAGCUGGGACAUGCACGUCCAGGCCCUGAACCGCUUCCUGUCCUCCUACAAUGAUUCCGAGCAGAUGAAGAAGAACGUUAACUGUACUCCUGACCAGUACUUCACCCAGGAGGAUGGAGACAGUGUGUGGAAUAACCCCAAACGCUCCUGUCAGUUUCUACGCUCCACACUGGACCAGUGCUCCGGGCUUGAGGACCGUUACUAUGGUUACGACCAGGGAAUGCCUUGCGUUAUUAUCAAAUUCAAUCGGGUAGUCGGUAUGUAUCCAAGCAAGGAUAGUCAGGCACCAUUUGUCACAUGUUCAGGAAAGAGGUACAGAGUUGGCAAGGAUGAAUGGGCAGAUGACAGUGAGAAGAUGGGUCAGCUCAUGUACUUCCCUCCUGACGGCAGCUUUAACCUCAUGUAUUACCCUUACUAUGGAAAGAAAGCCCAGGUCAACUACUCUCAGCCUCUGGUGGCCAUUAAAUUCCUCAACAUCACCCGCAACACAGAGGUGAAUGUGGAGUGUAAGAUCACAGCUAACAACAUUCCUGAGGGCAGCGAGAGGGACAAGUUCGCUGGCAGAGUCUCCUUCAAACUACGCAUCAACUCCAAAAACUAGACAGGGGUUUACAGUCCUUUACAUGCUCUUCCCUUACCUCUCUCUUUUCCUCUAGCACCCACAGAGGCACACAGCAGAGCUGCCCCAGCACACUCUACCCCACCACAUGUUUUUCUACACUAUAAAUACAUCAUAACGCGUUACAAACACGUUUACAGCUCCCUUUCAGCUCUGCUGCUGAGUGUGUGUGUGUGUGUGUCUGUGUGUAUACGAUGGGACAUUUCCUAUUUUCUGUAAGAUUGAAUUGAAGUCUGUUAAACAGCAUGACUAUAUCAACCAAUGUGAGACUGAUACCGGUGCAAAACACAAACCGGUAUAAGACACAAUCCAGUAUAAAACACAAAGCAGUAUAACACACCAGUUGUAACAGGUGAAAGGAUUUAGCUUUGACUGCACCAUCAGCUACCUUCUGAACCUUCCAUUAACUAUGUGUGUGAUGAAAAGUCACUCUUAGACAGUACAGACAAUACAGUGAAAAUGCGUCACGUGUACAUUGCACCCUAACGUCUUCUCCUCUAAUCAUAUUGCACUGAUGAUACCCAGCCAACGCGUAGUGUCUCCGCGGCGGGGGGGGGUGCAUGCGUAUGCUUCAUCUUCU